ACUUUAAUGAUUCGAUAGUUAUUUGAAGCACGGCUCCGUUCUCAAAGCGGGAUGAAGCUGUCGAGCAGCGGGAGGAUCCGCAGGCCGUGCCCGGCCCCGCUCCUGAGGGCGGCAGCGCCGCGGCUCUGCCGCUGCCGUUCCCGUUCCCGCCCUUUCCCGGCGGCGGGAGGCGCUGAGGCGGCGGCGGCGUGAGGGCUGCCAGGGGCCACGGGGCUUUGGGGUUCCCUCCGCUGCGACGGGACGUGCGAGCAGCGCUGUCCCUGCCGCCUGUGCGUCCCCUCGGGCUGCAGCUGAGGGCCCCAGUCUCCCUUGCUGCUCUAAGGUGCAGACUGUUAAAGAGAUACCCAUAAUAGGUGCAGUAGGAAAAGAUCUCACCAUGGCACCAUCAGGAAGAAAGCAUGGAGGAAAAGCUGGUAAACCAGCACAGGAAGAUCAGACCAUAUCUACUUUUGACUUUGAGGAGGAAAGAAAAGAACUGAGUGGAUCAGAGGAAGAUAUUAGAGAAGGUGACAUACCAGUAAUGGACAAGCAUGGAAAGAAAAGACCUCUGGUGACUGCUCAUGUGGUUCCAGAUGAUGUGGGGGGUGAAGUACAGAAUAUGUUGGAGAGAUUUGGAGCUGACAUUAACAAGGCUCUCUUAGCUAAGAGGAAAAGAUUAGAAAUGUACACAAAAGCCUCGCUCAAAACCAGUAACCAGAAGAUUGAACAUGUUUGGAAAACGCAGCAGGAGCAAAGGCAGAAGCUCAAUCACGAGUUCUCCCAGCAGUUCCUGACUUUAUUUCAGCAGUGGGAUGUAGAUGUGCAAAAGGCAGAGGAGCAGGAAGAAAAACUAGCUAAUAUGCUUCGUCAGCAACAAAAGGUUUUUCAACAGGCAAGAAUAGUUCAAAGUCAGAGACUGAAAACCAUUAAACAACUCUAUGAGCAAUUCUUAAAGAGCAUGGAAGAGCUGGAGAAGAGCAAUGAAAAUCUUCUGGCUGGUGCCCAAAAUGAACUUCGCAAGGAAAUGGCGAUGUUGCAGAAGAAGAUUAUGAUGGACACUCAACAGCAGGAGAUGGCAACUGUUCGCAAGUCUCUUCAGUCCAUGUUAUUCUGAUGGCUCAGUGGAGGAGCAACAUGUACCUAAGUAACACGAUACAAGUACAGGCAUUAGAAGGAUGUUGAGAUUUAAAUGUUUCAAGGUU